AAAUGAUUUAAACUAAUUUAAAUAUUGUACUAGAAGAUUCUGCAAAGGAAACAUUAGAAUAAUUGAAUAAAUUCAAAUAGGGAGAUUAUAAUGGUAUAUUAAUAACAGGAAGACCAGGAACAGGCAAGACUUAUUUAUGUAAAUAUUAUGCAUAAAUAAAUGAUGUAUGCCAUUUGUAUUUUAAUUGUUCAAAUGAGUUUUAAAAUAUGGAAGCAUCAUAGAUGAUAGAAUUGAUUAAGCAAGAAAAAAAGAGGAUGGUGUUUUUUGAUGAUUUGGAAUAUUUUAGUUAUGUGUAACAGGAGAAAUAUUAUAAAUUUAUGGAGGUUUUAAAGAUAUGUUAGGAAUAAGAACAUAAACUUAUUUUUAUUACUUAAUCUCCAGAGAAAGUAGAAUUGUAUCCACAUAAAUUACCAUAUGAGAGAGCUACAGUUUUAUUAUUACCAGAGUAAAAGUUCAGAGAAUAAUUUAUAAGUAAUCACUUGCCAUAAUUUAAAUUCUUAAAAGAAUUAACAGAUAGUUAUUCUGUAAGUGAUUUAUAAACUUUAAUAAAAGAUAUAUAGAUGGAACCAUUUAGAAAGAUAAUUAAUAGUUAAUAUUUUGAAAUGAUAGAAGGAAAGUAUCAUGUAAUAGAAGUAAAUGGAGAAAAGGAUUCAUAGUAACAGUUGAAUUAUGAUGAAAAAGUAAAGUAUAUGUAAGAAGGUAAAAUAGAAAUAAAGGAUUUAUAAGAAUAGGAUGUUAGAAGAAUUAUUAAUCAAUAUAAAAGAAUAUGAAAUUAUUUUAGAAUGAGA